UAAUAUACACAUGUAAUAUACGUAUUUAUUAUUAAUAACUUAUUCGAUUCAUCAUUCUUGAGUCACGCGACAAGGCCGGAUGGACGACAAUUAUAUUCUAUGCAGCGGCGGCAGCGGCGGCCGGAUGGAAGAGAGGAAAGCGAUGGCGGAGCUGGACAGUCGGCCUUACAAAACCGGCUAUACUUGUGACAAGGACUGCCAAAGUUCCAGAGGUCAGAUCUACCGAUGUGGUGAGAUCCGUGAGAAUGGCACAAUGCGAGCAUCGUGGAUUUCAGGUCCAUCAACUUUGGCGAUGAGGGAAACAGAAAAUGGCAGCAGCGAAUUUAUUCUUGGUGAAGUAGACGAUUGGGCAGGCAUUCCCAGGGAUGGAUUUAGGGGGGAGGGGGCGUGGGGGGCGAUCGUCCCCCUUGGACUUUUAAAAUUUUCCAUUAUACAUGUAAAAUUUUCAUAAAAAUUUUCAUACAUUAAUUACAUACAUAUGUGUUCGCC